GUAUAAAAGCCUCAGUUAUCUUACAAUUUGGCACAAACCGAGCCCUAGCUUACAGUGAACUAACGUCCUAAGACUAAGCUCCCACAAUGAUAGCCAAGGUGAUCCUCACAUGUGCGCUGAUCAGCAUGGCGCGUGGAGGCCUGAUCGCGGGCCCUCACGGCGCGCUGUCUUCCUCGAGCCUGGUGUUUGGAGGCGUCGGCCAUGGGCUGGCCGCCCCGGCGCUGGGAUUGGGAUAUGGACACGCCGGUGUGGUCGCGCACGGGGCGCCAUUGCUGCGAGCGCCGAUCGGUCUGGCGCACGCCGCAGCCCCUGUUGAGAUUUAUGCCCACCCCCGCUACACAUUCAACUACGGCGUCGCCGACGGCCACACGGGCGACCAGAAGAGCCAGUGGGAGUCUCGCGACGGCGACGUAGUGAAGGGCCAGUACUCGCUGGUGGAGCCCGACGGCACCGUGCGCACUGUCAACUAUUCCGCUGAUGAUCAUAAUGGAUUCAACGCAGUGGUGAGCAGACAAGGGCAUGCCGCGCACCCCGCCGCGCACGCCGCCCCUGCCGUCCUCGCCGCCCCCGCCUACGGACACGGUCUCCUUCACGGCUAAAACUCCCUCCGUUAUCGACGACACCUAUUUAUUAAUUAAUACCUAGCUUAAGCACGGACGGAAUGCGACAACGAAACGAGAAUGCUUCAUGGUUAACGUUCAAAGACAGGCAAUCCAUUGGACAGUCAUCAGCAGAAGUAGCUCAGCUGGCGAGGUACUUUAAAUGACUUUGGCACGACUUUGAUGAUAAGAAGAUAAAAUAGUAAAGAUCAUUUUUUCUGCUGAUGAGUGGUCAAACAUGAAAGAGGCUAUGCGUUUCAUAAGGUGUAUCCAUCCUGGGACUUGACGGCCCAAAUUAGUAUUAUCAUGAUCAGU